UGUUCUUCUAACCUGAAUACAUUACCACUUAGUACUUACCAGUUACCACCCUCAAUAGUUUGUGUUCUCACUGCCUUGCCUCCAUGGAAUUGGACAUUGGAGUCACUCACUCAGAUCUGACUCUUGAGUCUUGGUUUGCAUCUGACACAUCUUCUGGGUACCUUGAAGAUGCUAUUGCAGGUUGGGGUAUUUGGUGCAAUCAACACAAUUUACCAUCCUACUCUCAAGAUCAAAAGGUUAACUAUAAAAGCCAGUAUUUGGUUGAUCAGGAAGAUUUAUUUCCAACAGCUCAAAUCCUUCAUGGCCACAAAAAUUUCAGCGCUAGGAGCCUAUCAGCAUCACAAAAUAAUGAUACACAUGCAGCUGCAGCCAAGCAAGAUUCUUCCCAAAGGAGCUAUUCAUCUAGAGAGUCAGAUGAAAGGGGUCAUUGGAAGAAAAUAGCUUAUCCAUUUGAGUUGGUGAAGCCUGGAGGAGUUGAAGGGGAAACAACCCUAAAAGAUAUAAAUCACCAGAUGCUGAUGAGCCCAACAAAGCCAAUUCCACACCCUGUGGGAGACCCUCUUACUCAUUCAUGCAUUUCAACUCGUGGUUUUGGAAUUUCAGGUAAAGCAGUGGCAGUUACUAGGAUUCACACCCAGGGUAGAGGCUCCAUUACCAUUAUAAGGACCAAGGGUUGAUUGAACUCAAGUGAAAGCUCGCCAAUGUAUAAUAUCUCUCUUUGGUUUUUUGUGUUAUACUCCUCCUAGUGAUGGCUUCAUAGUUUAUACCAUAGUGUGCAAAAAAUAUGUACUAGAAACCAAAAAAGUAGGUGUUUACCGAAGCAUAAUCUUUAUUUGAAAUUUUGAAUGGUGGUUUAUAUUGAUGAUAAAACAAGGCAUUUUAUAUCA